AUGAUAUCAGAUAAUGAGUGGAGAAGAAAACGUUAAUCAAUGCUAUUUAUCUAUAUCUUAAAUCUCAGCUUGCCAAUACGAUAAGAAUUGAUUAUUCCUCAGCCAAAACCUAUUAACAGAGUUCAGAAAGACAAAGUAAAAGUAAAAGAACAUUCAGAUUAGAAAAUGGAGGGUUCUUUAUAUACAUCUUAUUCGUAUGAAUUUUUAUGUUUGUGGUAAGAUUAAGAAAUUAGUUCUUAAAUAAAUCCUAUAUUUCAAGUGUUAUAGUUGGACUGUCAGUGUGAAUAACAAAUUCCUUAAAUUAUUUUUUAUAUGUAAAAUAAAUCAAAUACUUGUGCUGUGUGUUCACUUAAAACAACAUUUGGCUGUUCAUAAUGUAAAUCAGUCUUUUAUUGUUCUGUUGAACAUCAACGACAACAUUGGAGUGUUCAUCAAUAGUCUUGUCAAUCAAUGAAAAACUAAGAUAAUAAAUAAAUAGAUGAUACUAUUAGCAAGAGUCCUGCAUCAAAGCCAUAGAAAUUUGAGAUCUAACAAGCAGUUCAACCUAAAUCAGAUAAGAAAUUGAUUAUGAAUGAAAGAGACAUAUUAAUAGAGGAUCAUGAUCGUUACAGAUAGAUUUCCAUCAGAUUGCUCUCCUAAAGGGAUUAUUAGGAUGCAAUCUAAUAAAUAAAGAAAACAAUUGAAUUUGCAUAAAAAUUAGAGUUGAUUGGUGGUAAGGAAGACACCUAUGAGAAAAUUGCAGAUCAAAUGCUAUUGGUUAGAGGUAUAUAUAAUGACCAUAGAAUUAUAGCUUAAAUAAAAUUACUUGAAUUGGAAACAGCCAGAAAAACACUUAUCUCAAUAUUUGAGCAGGUUAAACUCCUGACACAAACAUCAUAAAAAAAUGAUUAAGUGAAGGUCUCAAAUAUAUUAAAAGUAAUGGCAUAAUUGUUCUAUGAAACUGGAGAUCAAAGAUAGUGCGAGUUGGCCUAUGUUGAAUAUACUUUAGUGAUUGAGAAAUGUCACGGUGAAGAUGUAACAAAAUAAUAAUAAUUCUAGAGCAAUUCAACAGGCAAUGCUUACUUUUUGGUUGGGACAUUCUACUUGUAACACAAACAUUACACAUAAGCCCUAGCCUGUUUUAAAAGAGCCCUAAAUAUUCGUUCGAAUAUCAAUCCUAAUGUGGAGAGCGUGAGUGAUUGUUGGUAUAACAUGGGCGUAAUCUACAAAUAGUAAAAUAAAAAGGAUCAAGCAAUCGAUUUUUUAGAAAAAGCCUUAAAACUAAGGAGAUAGAUAAUUGGGUAGAAUUCCCUUUAAGCAGCAGUUUGUUUAGAAACCCUUGGGAAAUUGCAUAUCUAAUAUAAUGAAUAUCAAAAUGCCUACAGUAGAUUGUAGGAAUGUUUUAAUAUAAGGAAGCAACUUCUGAAGAACCCACAACAUCAAGAUAUUGAGAGGGUGUCUAAACUCAUUUAGAUUCUAUAUUAGAAAUUGCAGGAUCAAAAUUACAAUAAAUAAAAUUCAACUUUGCAGGCAACCAUUCUAGAAAAUAAUUUCAAUAGGGUUUUGGAGAUGGAGGAAUCAGAGAAAUAGGAAAAGAGCAAUUCGUCUCCUUCAAGAAAGAGAUCUUAACUUAAAACUGAUUAGAAAUUAUCACAAUUAUUGAACAUAUCUAGUAAUCUUUUAGAAUCAUUCAGUAUUGAUUAAUUGAUACAAUUGAAAUUAUUGCAAUAAGAACUAGUCAAAUACAAGAAUAGAUAGGAGCAACAAUAAAUAAUUAUUGAUAGUUAGUUCAUGAAUACUUUAUCGUCAAUCCAAUAUAAUCUGUUGAGAGAGUAGAACCCUCACGUGUUUUAACAAUUGCAAAUUAUCAAACCAGAUGAAUAAUAGAGUGAAUAUGAAAGUGAAAGCAAACCAUCCAUCGAUUAGAAAAUGUAUGCUUCAAAUCAAGGUAAAAUAUAAUUGAGAUGAUUAUAUAUUUAAUAGAGCAUUCACAAAAGAUUGUCCAACGCCUAGGAAGCUUUCGGAAAUUAUUAAACUGAAGUCUACAAUAAUCAAACUGUAUUACAAUUCCAUUAUGUUAGGAUGUGAAGGAAAGAAGCGAUUCCAGGAAGAAGACUUUUACUUUUUAUCUAACUAAAUAAUGAAAAUUGUUAGUUAUAAAU